CACAAUGAUGACAUUCAAAGCAGUUACUUUUCAAGACUCCCUUUUUAAGCACUGUUACUUUGAGGAUGUCACUACGUUGAAUACAUAUUUUAGAAACUGCACUUUUAUAGAGACUUUUUUCUUCAAUUCAGAUCUUGAGCCAUAUAAAUACCCUGGCAGUGAAUUUGUGAAUUGUACGUUCUUUCACAAUAAGACAGGGUGCCAAAUUUCAUUCGAUGAUGAUUACAGUGCCUACUGGAUUUAUUUUGUCAAUUUUCUGGGGACUUUAGCAGUAUUACCAGGAAAUAUUGUCUCAGCUCUUCUGAUGGAUCGAAUUGGACGUUUAACAAUGUUGGGUGGUUCUAUGAUUCUUUCUGGAAUUAGCUGCUUUUUCCUAUGGUUUGGUACAAGUGGAGCCAUGAUGAUAGGCAUGCUGUGUCUAUACAAUGGCCUUACCAUCUCAGCAUGGAACUCUCUUGAUGUCAUUACUGUGGAGUUGUAUCCUACAGAUAGAAGGGCAACCGGCUUUGGCUUUUUAAAUGCACUUUGCAAAGCAGCAGCUGUUCUUGGAAACUUAAUAUUUGGUUCUUUUGUUAUCAUUGCCAAAUCAAUACCUAUUCUGUUGGCUUCUACAGUUUUAGUGUGUGGAGGUUUGGUAGGACUUCGACUUCCUGAUACCAGAAACCAAGUACUGAUGUAAUUUGAGAUGGGUGGUGGAUAAAAAAAGCCAUUUAUUUGCUUUCCUCUGUUUCUAAGUGUCAUUUCUUGGAUGGAUGGGAUGAGGCUUCAGAUUGUUGGUUCAAGGAAAAUAAUUGCACAGAGAAGUUCUACCCUCAAAAUGAAACCACAGCAACAAAAAAUUAAGAGAAACACAAGAAAGGGGAAAGAAGAGUGAAUUCAGUGGAGCCAUUUGUCCCAGUAUUGUGCAUCUCAUCAGUCCAACCCUGUAAAGUUCACAUCUGUAAAAUUCCAACAACUGGAGUCUCCAUGUGUCAUUCCCUCACACAGACCUUUGCAGGUAAAAAGUGUGGAGGAACCUGUAGACACCCAAAUUACAUUUUUGAGAAAGGAGAAGGAAUGAAAUUAUGGACUGAACUGGUGGGAACAUAAGAUAUUAGGGACCAAAAAAAUGGCCAUUGCCAAUCUACUCCUCAGUUCAUUUAAUGAGUGCAUAGAGACGUUUUUGAAGACAGUUGCUAUGAAAACAAAAACAGAUAUAACCCCUGUAGCAGGGAGAGCUGGCCAGGCACUCAUUACUGUAGGGUGGUUUGACUGCCUCCUAUCUGGCACGGGUGAAAUGGGGCCACCCGAGCCAUCCCGCAGCCUUUGGGGCUGCCCGAGCAGUGCUCAGCCACGGUACAUGAGAGAAAGGGACAGCGGGACCUGGACUCUUGCAUUUUCAGGAGUAGGGUUACAUCCCUUUUAUUUCAUGCUAAAAGAACAGUUGAUGAAGCUGGCAUAGUGGCUUCUAUUAAUAUCCCACCUCUAAAUUAAGGUUUCCAAUUAAAUUAAGAAAAAAGAAUAAAACUAUUUCCUAGAAAUAGGAGAAUGGGUAGGAGAACGGGUUUCCAAGCCAUUUCUGAAAAGCGCUAAUUGGUUGACGAGAAUAGGGUUCUAAGACAAAAACUAAUCUAAAACGGCCUCUAGUCACUUGUGAAUUUAAAUAAAUUACAGCACGGAACGCAGCAUAUCCUUCUAAUGCUUAUUAUAGUCACAAAAAUUAAUAUUUUAAAAAUUAGAUUAAUAUAAAUAAACAUCUAACCCUUUCUUAGGAAUAAAUGUUAAUCUAACAAAACUGUCUCCAGAACUCCUGCUUGUAGCCAAAUUUGCAUACAAAUAUGGACAGAUUAGGGAAGGUUGAUCUAACACAUAUUAUGAGACAAAUUAGAUUAAACUACCAUAUUUUUUGCUCCAUAAGACUCACCUAAGUUUAGAGGAGGAAAUCAAGCAAAAAAAAAUCAGGCAGAGCCUGAGAGGACCACAGAUAGGUGUCCUCUCAUAUGCCAGCUCUGCCUGUUGACUGUUGCACUGCGAAAAAGAGACAGAAGAGGGACAAUGACAAAGACAGAAAAGAUGGGGUUCAGCACUGUAAAAGGACCUCGCCUCCACGGCCCGAUACACAAACAUUUCCACCCAUUUUUGGGAGGGGGAAAGUUGCCUUAUGGAGCAAAAAAUACAUGAUAUUCGAGCACUAAAAUUUCCUAUAUUCAUAAACCACUAUAGGAACAAUACACACAGACACACACACACGGACACACACACAGGGACACAUACACACACACAAAGAUAAAGGUGUGCAAAACUGAAUCUCUUUAAGAUGAAAAUAAUAAUUAUACCAGUCUGAGCCAGCAGUAUGCUGCAGCUGCCAAAAAAGUCAAUGCAGUCAUAGGCUGCAUCAACACAGGGAUAGUGUCACAAUCAUGUGAAGUGAUAAUGCCCCUUUAUACUACACUUGGAA